ACGUUUAUGCGCGUGAUUUAUACCGCAGUAAUAAACUAGGUAAACUACCUACGGUACCUACGGUACCUACGAGUAGAAGGUACAAGCCGCCCCCGUUGUAGACGCAAAAAUCUAACGCGUAGACUUUGCUUUACCGUGCGUACUUCGCGCCGGCCGCCAGUGCAUCGCCCUAACCAAACAAAAAGCGUGUCGUUGCUGUGGGCGAACGCAUCGCUGUUUGGAGCAGCCUGAUGAGCACAUAAAGGCCGUAGAGCUAAGACAAGAAAAAUCAAUAGGCGAUUGAGCCCCGAGCCUCCAGAGCGUUUAGCGCUAGUUGUAUGAGUACCGAGGGUUGCCGACGAGAGAAAUGGCACCUACUUCGACAGCUGCUAUCAAUCCGGCCUUCAACUUCGCAUCCAGGGAGUUGCAUAGAGAACAUUUUCUGGGAGGUGGCGGCAACAGUGGAGGGAGAUUACCAUACUAUUAAACCUGGUUUAUUUGUUUUGAACAGCGUAUCAGAGUUGACUCAUAAGUGUAUAUAGAAAAGUCGUAGGUAAGCGCGAUUUCAAAUAGCCUAGGCUGUCAGCGCCAACCAGAAAUUCGCAAUUGCUUGACACGGCUAUAUCAUUGUCUCAGUAUAACAACUGGUCAGCUCGACUUGAGGGAGCUGCUAUGCUCGCUCUAUGCACUUGAAAACACCAGGCAUGUGUAUGAAAAUCCAAGCAGAUUGCUUUUCUCAUUCUUUAAGCUGUAUGCAGCGCCGGGAGGAAGCGCUGUUCGGAGUGAUGUGGUGCGCAUUAUUUCUAUAGCAGCUGUGACUCGCGCAGAAAUCUCGCGCAUGCUGAUGGUUACUCACCACUUACCUCGAUUUGUUAAGCUGUCUAGAUUUCAGAGCUUCUUGGCGGUUCACCCGAAUAUCAUUGAUGCAUUUAGACUGCAAUUAUGGAACCAGCUUCCAGACUCUUCAAAGUUGGGAUAUUUGCAGUCGCGGGAGGAUGCGUCAGCCAGGUGGUUUUGCCAAUAUGCACAUGAAAUAAAUGUCAAAUCUGCCACGACUUUUAGAGAUCUGUCUUCAUUGCGCUGUAGUUUUGGUGCAUGGUGCAAGUUCCAUCAAGGGGUGACUCGCAUACAACUCCAGCAGAGGACGGUGUCUCUCCGCAAGUGCAAGACCUCUAUCCUGUGGUGGCACUCUUAUACUACCCAGCAACGUAUAUCACACGCACGGAGGCAUAUUGCGGCUGUCCUUGGUGAACGUGCAAUUAUGCGCCGUGUAUUUAGGACUAAAUGGCAUCGAUACAGUUGCAGCAAGGGGCGUCUUCGCCAAAUUUCAGAUAAUUUUGAAAGUCAUUCUGUGGAGAUUGCGCAUGGUGCCUUCAUUCUCCGUCAUACCAUGAUAUCCACCUUUCGCCGUAAAGCAAUGAUUCGGUGGCUAAGUUGGAUUGCAAAUGUCAUGAAAUGGGAAAAAGCCGGGCUACUAAUGCAUAGAUACCUCAGGAGGCGGAUCUUCAAGCAAUGGAUUGCUCACUUUCGAGCCGUUAGGGGUUUUAGGGUUGGAGAGGAGGAAUCUAUCAACAAGCAGAUCUGGUUGGCAUCCGUGAUCAAGCAAGCGGAGAAAGCAAAUAUGUUUGUCAUGCAAGCAGCAAAGAAUACGCGGCUGACUGCUAUAGCAGAUAAAAAACAAAAAGCAGCUUCAGUAAAAAUGAACUUGCUGGCCUGGAAUCAACGUAGGCGACAGGCAGAGCGUGCCGCAGAUGAUCGCAUAAAGUUGGCUACGCAACAAGACAUGAGAGCGAAACGCAUAGCGAAAGAGAAAGAAGAUCGUGCAGCAGCUUUCAAGGCCGCAUGGGAGGCGCUAGAAAACUCGUACAUCAAAGAACAUCAACGAGCAACUUUAUCAUGGUUAGACUCCAGCUCCUCCAAGAGUCACGUGUCGAAGGCAUUCAAACGUAUCAAGCGAGAGUUCUACCAACCGCCCACGCCGAGAAGUAUAAAUCGCGAAGCCCAACUGAAAUCUUUAACUUCGAUUGUGCUUAUUAAGAUGGAAUCAGUGCUCUUCCAAAAAGGAAUCGUAAUGGGGCAUUUGAUUCAGCAGUAUGCUGAAAGUUCAUGCGGUUUUCUUUCUCAUGAUGAAUUCAGAUCGCUAGUUCGAGACUUGCCAAUUGACCUGUCUCCAGAGCAAAUUCGUGUGGUCGUUGGUACUUUGGAUGCUGACAAUGAUGGUUAUUUGGGUGUCGAAGAGCUUGAAAAUGCACUACACCAAGUUCAUAAAUAUAAUGGUGUUUCUGCGUCGCCAUGGCGAAUGUACAUUGACCCAGCCCAGGAUGUUAUGUGUUACCACAACCUAGCAACGAGUGAAUUAGUAUUCGAGCAUCGUAUGCAUGAUGCGAAGCUAAUGGAGAUUACAAAAUCAAAUUUCAUCGCUGAAACGGAGCUAGAGGCCAUCAAUCACAUUCGGCGAGAACGCGCCCUCGUAAUUUUGCCUACUGGGCUAGCAGCGUGUUGCAACUUUUAAAAAUCAUGAAUUCUUGUUAGGCCUGGACUCGUGUUAAAGAGGACUAUGCUAGCGUGGUCAUGACACGAAUGUAUCGAAGUUUCAGAUCAAGGAGAGAACAGGGAAGGUUGAUGUGGAAGAUCCAAGCACGGCGGCAAAAGCGAAAUGCAGCACGCCAUGCCAUUGUUGCAACGAAACUUCAGUGCUGGUGGCGAGUGGUAAGCGCCAGGCUAUUAUUCAUCGCAAAAGUACGGCACCAUGUGGAGGUCAUCCCAAAUCUUGUAGAGAGAAAACUGUCGCUCAGCAGCGCGCCAAGUACUCUCCAACCAACAAAUGAUUUAAUUUCUUCUUAGGUACUAUUGCAACCACAAUACUGGUGAGUGCACCUGGACCCCCCCCCGACACGGGUCGAAUGUGCUUCAUGCUCCGCAAGACUAUAUUGUUGUAAAUGAGAAUAAUCGCGUGUACUUUGUGAAGUGGAGCAUGUCCCCUAAUGAAGCGCAUCUCCGUAUGUGGAACAAGCCUUCAGGAUACCGUCGAUGCACCAAAUGUCUUCAAAAUAUUGCGCUUUUGGAAUGCAUUGAUGUACCUGGCUUUUUCUGUUUUCGUUGCUUUCGCGCUUCCUUUGAUGAUCAUGAUUUCGCCCGCGGAACUAAACAACAGAGGCGGGUCAGUCCUGUUUCUUGCACCCUUUGUUCACAGGGAAGAACAGCUAGUUGGCACUGCUUAUCGAAUGGUCCAGGGCUUGCCGCCUGUUCCCUCUGCUUCACACGGAUAGAAAAUGUAGAUAUGAAGUGGUUAAGAAUAUGAUGAAUAGCCGAAAAGUGGAUGACUUUCGGCAUCCGGAGCGCUCGAGCGCUCGAGCUGGGUGCUGGGGGCGGCAGAUGGUGCAGGAUAUGGUGGCAGAGGUAAGACGGGAAAACGACGUGGAUACGGCCCCGUGGAAGCCGAGGCCCCUCCAAAGACCACACGGCGGUUUACUUCGGGUUGACGCCCUUGCUCGUCUCCAUUGGCGUCUCUCUGAUCUCUAUUGUUGGCUCGUCCUCAUCCGACUCAGAAUCAUCGAAGGCCUGUGAAAUGAAUCAGGAAUAUGACAGUCUGCACCUUGACACAUCCAGGACCUGCCACUGAGUGGGGGAGCGUGAGAAAGAUACCUCUUACCCCGCCUCCCUAUUCCCCCUUAGACUAAGAACACGCGUAUGGGGGCAUUUCUUCACGCAAUUAAAUCCUAAUACCAACGGGGUAGACCACUGGGAGACCUGGCAG